AUCGUGAAAUUUGCUAACCAGCAUCAUGAAGGUAGGAUUGUGCGUGUACAGUGGUUUCAAAAUCUACCCCGGCCAUGGGAGGACAAUGGUUAAAACAGACGGCAAGGUUGUCACCUUCGCCAGUUCUAGAUGUGAGCGAGCCUUUCACAUGAAGAGGAAUCCUCGUAAAAUCAAAUGGACAAUCCUCUACCGGCGCAAACACAAGAAGGGUUUGGAAGAGGAAUACACCAGGAAAAGGACCAGGAGAACGCACAAAUUCCAGCGUGCCAUUGUAGGUGCAUCCCUAACAGAAAUUUUAGCCAAAAGAAAUAUGAAACCUGAAGUUAGGCGUGCACAGCGUGAACAAGCAGUCAAGGCUGCCAAAGAACAGAAGAAGGCACAAGCUGCAAAGAAAGCUAAACCUGCAGCGGCUGCACCUCCCACCAAGGCCAAGCAACCUAAACAACAGAAGAUUGCUAAAGUUCAACAGAAGAGUGCACCUCGUGUGGCUGGAAAACGAUAAAAUCUCGUUAUUGUUAUUCUUUUGACAUUUUCUUAUAUUUCCCAAAUAUAAGCGAUGACCUAGUUGAUAUCUCAUUGGUCUUAUCCUGUCCGACUUUAAAUCCACUUGUAUUUUUUAUUAAAAUCUCAUUUUAAAAAUUCAUAA